GUCACAGUGAAACAGGAGCUCCAGCAGGUCUCAGAGUCCCAGCAGGUCUCAGAGUCCCAGCAGGUUUCAGAGUCCCAGCAGGUCUCAGAGUCCCAGCAGGUCUCAGAGUCCCAGCAUGUCUCAGAGUCCCAGCAUGUCUCAGAGUCCCAGCUUGUCUCAGAGUCCCAGGAUGUCUCAGAGUCCCAGCAUGUCUCAGAGUCCCAGGAUGUCUCAGAGUCCCAGCAGGUCUCAGAGUCCCAGCAGGUCUCAGAGUCCCAGCAUGUCUGAGAGUCCCAGCAUGUCUCAGAGUCCCAGCAUGUCUCAGAGUCCCAGCAGGUCUCAGAGUCCCAGCAAGUCUCAGAGUCCCAGGAUGUCUCAGAGUCCCAGCAUGUCUCAGAGUCCCAGCAUGUCUCAGAGCGUCUCAGUGAAGGUAACAUGACCUCUCUUCUUCU